GGGAGCAGACAGCACAGGCGAGCGGGAUGAGCCCAGGACCCCCAGCCUGGGCAGCCCGGCCCCGAGGCAGCGGCAUGGGGUCCGGCAGCCCCCAGCACCUACUCCCCGUGCUCUGCAUCCUCUGGGUGCUGGCCGGACGCCUGCCCUCUGCCACGGCCCAGUGGUUUUAUCCCCUGGGCUUGGACGACACCACCCCGGACCCAGGCACCAGCCCUACAGCGCCCAUCCUGGAUGGGGAGGAAGACAGAGAUGCCGUGGAGCCCACUAGGAAGAUGCUGCUGAGCAAACCCCCGCUGGCAACAGCCCCCAGACGUCGGGACCCCCUCGCCAGGGGCGCGGGGAAGGGUCUGGGCCAUGCCCCACCACGCACACGAGGCCAGCAGCGACCCACAGUCGCCCCGGAGAUCUUCGAGGGGAGCGCAGAGGAAGAGGAGUUCCUGCAGAUCAAGACAACAGCAAAGGGGCUGCCCCGGCGGGUGCCCCCAGCCCCAGAGGUGGAUCCAGCUGUGCAGAUGCACAACGGCUCCGGCUGCGUCUGCCCCGUGCGCCCCGGCCCUCCCGGCCCCCCCGGCCCCAAGGGAGAGAAAGGCGACCGAGGAUCCCCGGGGGAGAGAGGCCAGCCAGGGCUCUCUGGGGAGAGAGGGAAGUCGGGCAGCCCAGGGCAGCCGGGUCACCAGGGACCCCGGGGUCCCCCAGGUCCUCCGGGACCCCCGGGACCCCCAGGCACCUGGGGAGCCAGGAGCCAGCCUGCACCCGCCGCCCUUCCCAAGGGAUCCGAGAACGAGCCCAGGGGAUGGGAGCAGCAGAUGGGAAUAGGGGAUGGGAUGCUGCCAUUCACUAACUCCACUCUCUCUUUCUCCCUCCAACCCAACAAGCAUCUGGGAGCAUCCAGCCCGGUGGGAAACCCGGGACCCCCAGGUCCCCCAGGGCUGCCCGGACCCCCAGGCUACCCAGGCCACGAAGGCCCCCCAGGGGUCCCUGGGCGGGAUGGGCAGCCAGGACCCCCCGGCCCACCUGGGGCUGUGGGACCCCCUGGUUUCCCUGGGGCUGAAGGACCUCCGGGAUCUCCAGGCUUGGCUGGGACAGAUGGAUCCCCGGGGGCACCGGGGCUCCCAGGGCCCCAGGGUCCCCCCGGGGUGCCUGGGCACGAAGGCCCCCCCGGCCCCACAGGACCUACAUCCCUCCCUGGCAAACCAGGGCUCCGAGGGGAGCCGGGAUCCCCUGGACUAAAGGGCGAGAAGGGCGAAUAUGGACUGCCGGGCAUGCCAGGGAACCCUGGCCGCACCGGAGAGACCGGUGCCCCGGGCAUGCCAGGGCCCAUGGGACCACCAGGGCCACCGGGGGACUACAGGUGCGACCUGCGCCACGCAGGGCACCAUGGAUCAGCCGGACCACCAGGCCCCAAGGGAGAAAAGGGUGACCCCGGAGAGCGGGGGUGCUGCUAUGGGGAACAUGGGUGCAAACCAGGCCACCCCCCCUUCCCCAGCACCGGCAGCCAGGCCGGCUCCUGGGUGCCCAUCAAUGGGUACCAGACGGGCAGCAAAGAGGAGACGGAGAUUUACGGAGCAAUCAUUCCCCAUGGUCUUCGAGGUCCCCCUGGGAACCCCGGCCCCCCCGGGCCCCCUGGUCCCCCCGGAGCACCAGGACUCCUCUACCUCAAUAGGGUUUACCCCAUCCGUGCCCAGCAGCCCUGCAAGCAGCCGGCAGCCUCGGAUGCGGGCUGGACAGAAGGUGCCGACGUCCCUCGGACGGAGCCUCUGGACUCCCGUGUCGAUCUCCAGCGCCAGAUGUGGGUCUUCAGGACCAAGGAGCUGAUGCUGAAGUCAGGCAGCGCCGUGCCCGAGGGGAGCUUGGUCUACGUGCGGGAAGGGAGCAGCGCUUUCCUCCGGACCCCCACUGGCUGGAGCCGCCUCCUGCUGGAGGAUUCGAAGUCCCUCUUUGCUGGUGAUGACCCCUCUGCUUCCACCCCUCGGUACCAGGAGGCAAAGCGGGUGCAGACAAAAGGUCCUGACACGGCACUGCCUGCGCUGACCCUAAUGGACUCACUGGUCCAGAAGGAAGGGGGACAAGAGAUGCCCCAGACCCUGCCCACCACCAUCGCCCCACGGAUCCCAUCACUCCGCCUGGCCGCGCUGAACGUGCCCCUCACCGGUGACAUGAGCGGGCUCCGCGGUGCCGACCUGCAGUGCUACCGGCAGUCCCAGGAGGCUCAGCUCUACGGCACUUUCCGGGCGUUCCUGUCAGCCCCUACCCAGGACUUAGUCUCCAUCGUUAAGAGGACGGACAGGAACCUCCCUAUCGUCAACCUGAAGGGGCAGCUCCUGGCCAAGUCCUGGACCUCCCUCUUUGAGGGGCAGACCAGCGCCGCGCUGCGGGGCCCCAUCUACUCCUUCAAUGGGGGCAAUGUCCUGACCGAUCCUCUCUGGCCCCGGCCGCUGGCCUGGCACGGAUCCACGCCGCGGGGCAGCCAAGCCCGCAAGCGGGAUUGCCAGGGCUGGCGCAGCUCCGGCACCGGGCAGGGCCUGGCCGCUGCGCUGGGCGAGGGCAGGCUCCUGGCUGGGCAGCGGCACAACUGCUCCGAGGCGCUGGUGGUGCUCUGCGUGGAGGUGGCCUUUCCCUAUCAGCACAUGUGGUGACGCCGGCGCCGUGGCACCGGUGAUCUCCGGCUGCACGCUCCAGGCGGCUUCCCCUGUCCUGCGGGUGAGGAUAUGGGGUGGUGCAGGGGGGGGGAGAAGUGCAGCGCUGGAGCCAGGUGAGAGCAUCGAGAGGAUGCCAAGCGUGCAGCCGGGCUCAUCGCAGGUUGUGCCAACCCCAUGCAUCCCUGGUCUGUGCCCAGCUGCAUCCCUGCAGC